UCAACCUCUUUUCACUAUUAUUAUUAUAGGUCUUAUAAACCAUCAUAUGGACAAGUUGUGAAGUCCUGCCUGCAAUAUGGGUGUGAAACAAGUCAUUCCACUCCUGCAGGUCAUUGGUGUGUUGUUUUUAGGUGGAAGACAAUCUAUGUAAGGAUUUAUAGUUGAUAUAGAAAAUGUGGUGAGCUUACACUCUGACAAAUGCUCAGAAUGUUCCAUUCGCGGAUUACGAUUUGGUAUUACAGUUAGUUUGAGCGUCCACUCUGAUUUAUGAGUACACUUGUGUUUGUGUACGCCUCACUGCUUUAGUCAUUCUUGGCUUAUUCCAAGGUACAAAGUACAAAAGCAGGUUUAAUGUUGGAUGGAUAUACUACUGCCAACUACUUCCUUCUUUUCAAAUCACAGCAGCAUUUCCUCAUUCUCAACACAGUAACCAGACUGGAGGAAAAGUAGGACAUCAGCUUAUCACUGCUGCGUUAGAGAGAAAAUAAAUUAUCUCCGAUCUACAAAAGACACAGGAUGAGUCAAACAUUUCUUUGAAAGCUACAAGACAUUUUCAGAACUCAACAUUUAGACCCUGGUAUCAGAUUCCGGGUGACAUGAUGGCUGUUCCCCAACGAGUGGUCCACCAGAGGCGAGCCACUAUCACGGCUCUGCCGCUCUACUACAGUGGACACCUGCUGAAGAAAGAACACUUCGAGAAUGAUUUCAAGAAGUACUACGCAGAGCUGCGUGGAUGCACACUCUUUCUAUACAAAGAUGACACCCAGGACACAUACACAGAGAAGCUGGACCUGGAGAAUCUGAAGUCCAUGCGGUUGGAUUCGCCGUGUCAGAUAAAGAUGUCGCCUGUAUUCACGCUCACCUUACACACAGAGGAGGUGCAGCUAAAGGUGGACAGUCUUGACACAGCAGAGGAAUGGCAGGGUUAUAUCCACACUGUGGUUAAAAAGGAGAUUCCCAGUACACUUCAGCUGCUCCCUGGCCAAAAAAUAAUGUUGCAGGACAUUCUUGCUCAGGAGAAGAGGAGAAACUGUGCAAAACCAAGUCCUCCGAUUCCUCCACUUCCUCCCCGGCCAGCCUUUCUCAGUGCAGCUUCCUCACCCAAAGCAGCUGAAGCUUGCAGAGGCAGCCUUCCUGAGAUGCCUUCGUGUUUCUACGGUGUGACUCGACAAGAGGCCGAGCGGAUGUUGGAGGAGAACCCAGAGUACGGAAGCAUCAUCAUCCGGCCCGCUGCGCUGGCCAAAAAUUACGCCCUGACCCUAAGGCAGCAGACGCCCAGUGGGAUGGUCAUGAAGAACUACAGACUGACGCCUUCAAAGUCAGGGAUUAUCAUUGAACUGGAUACAGCAGUGACCGUCUCCUCCUUGAACGAGGUGCUUAAAUACUUUCUUGAGAAAACAGAGCACCGUCUUUAUCCAUUCAUCAUGGCUCAUCCCUACGACACUCGAAUCGGGUUGCCAUCUGUGCCAAUGUGCAUCACUUCACAACAACCAAAAGUGGUGCCCCAGGCGCACGUGGCACCCAUGCAGCACUCACAGAGUGCACCAGAGUCUCUUAAACCACCACCGUCCAAAGUCACAGAGAAUGAAUACUUGAUUCCAGAUGAUGACAGCAAAGACAAGAAAGUUCUGCUGGCCAAUGAGCUUGGGGCAGUUUUACAAUCACGGUGGGAAAAACACCACUGAAAUCAAUGGGAUGGACGGAAACAACUCUCAGAUGAAACACAGCGGUUGAUUUCUUUUAAACACUCUGCAGAAAAAUGCAUCAAUUAUUGUUACGUAGGAUGACUGUAAACUCUGAUUACUUGAGUUUAAACUGAAAAUUCAGUUAAAAACAAUGAAACCUCAACUAUAGUACAGAAGCACGGCUUGGAGAUAUUUACUUAGAUAGUACACAACUUUAUGCUCACUACAAUUCAUGAAAAAAAUCCCUGUAGUUUUUAGUUUCCUCAUCUUUAUGUUGCUGCAGGGCAAUUGUACAGCAACAGAAUUAGAAUGACAGCAAAAUCUGGCCAUUUUUUAGC